CUCCCCGCCGUCUCAUCCCCCACCACAGAUAGACACCCCAAGGGCAAGAGAAAGAGAACAGCCACCAAGGACAAGAUGAUCCUCGAAGAGGCAUACUCCAUCAACCCCAAGCCCGAUAAGCAGGCGCGUCUUGAGAUCGUGAACCGCGUGUCACUUAAUGAAAAGGAAGUUCAGAUCUGGUUCCAGAACCGAAGACAGAACGAUAGGCGCAAGUCCCGUCCGCUGUCACCGCAGGAGCUGGCGGCUCUGCGCUUCAGCGGCAUGCACAACAUCACGUCGGAUCCCAUCACCUCCCGCAGCAUCGUCGUCGAGCUGGACCCAUCGGCCUUCUACCUCUCCGACCAUUCCCAGACUCACGACCAUUCUCCGACAUCACCGCCUCAUCUUCCCACCAGCCCGAUACAUGCGCACCCCCACCACGGUGCUGGCGAGGCUAUCCACGCCACGCCUGCAUCCCGGUAUGCCUCUCAGCCUUUCUCUGCAAGCAACCAGCCGCACGUCACACCGCAACGACAAAUGUUCCCACCCUCGCAGGAGGACGCCAACCAUCCCUCUCAGUCCUUCUCUGGCUCCGUUGGCUAUCUCGCAAACCGCUGGAACCUGGGUAACACGUACGCCACGCCUCUCUCGCGUGAUAACUCCUACAAAUUCGAUCCUUUCUACCCUUCCUCUUGCUCAUCUAAUACAUCUGGAGCCAAUCGGUCGCACAUGCGUCUCUCCCUCUCUCUUGAAGGCAAGGCCGAGUUGGUGCCCAACAACGAAUUCUCGCCGAUCCGUGAAACCCCAUCAAGACCUUCAUCUACUCUACCGUCUCUGUCGCUUCGACGGGGCCUUCAGCGUAGCCAUAGUGCACUCCCUGCUGUCACUCUGCCACCCAUCUCAACCCUGACCAACUCGCUUCCACCACAUCUUGUUCGUGGCCGCUCUCGUGAUGUUCAUGCUUGGGAGCUGUGCGCGGAUUCCGAAACCCGAGACGAGCUGACGGCUCAGGCCGAGCAUGAGUCCAGCGGCUCUGCCAUCGCCGCCAUCAGCUUGCUCCGUUCCACCAGCAGUAUUUUGCAACCCAACACUGCCAAGCGCAAUGCAUCGCAGACAAAGUAUGCGCGCUCUCGCCUGAUCAAGAAGCCCAGAUUCAAUCGUACUACUUCCAGUGUUGCUCGGCUAGAGACGUGCUGGGUCAGUGAUGAAAAAUCACGGGAAUCCUGCCACGCAAAGAUGAAUGUCUCCAUGCUUGUCUCCCCGUCUGACUCGGACAAGGAGAACUGGAGCCCCAGACGUGAUGGAAGUUCUGCAGAGGGCCGUCGACAGAUGCCGCCCGGCAGUCCCAUCAGAUCACAGAGUGCCAGACGAAUCGGUCGAGUGCUGCAGGGUCGAAAGAGCCCAGCAUUCCUGAUGCGUUCCAACACUGUGCCGUCCGAGGCUCGUUCACCUGCCAAGACGGGGAUUUACACUUUGGCCGAUUUGGAGCCCAAGGCAGAGUCUCCACGGGACGAUGAAGUAAGCAGAUUCAUGUGUGGCGAGGUCAGCCCCAGCAAAAAGGGCGACAUGGACUGUGUCGCAGGCCUACUGUCCCUGAGCCAAGGCGCUUGGAGAUAAUCGCGCAUGCAUAUGCACCGAAGCCACAAAAACAGAGGAUGAAGGAGCAAACAUACACCCAGGAUUGCAGAUACACGGACACCUUCUUUUGAGCAUUGUUUUCUUUGUUUUUCUACGAAGACAUGACUUUUUUUUUUUAAGGAAAACAUUGAUUGUUUUUCAUUUACCAACGGGGGCGAGAAUGAGAGACAUCUUUCCUCUCCUUUUUUUUGGUUUCUCUUCUUCCCCCUUGACGACUUUUGAUAAUUUCUCAUUUGUUCUUUGAAGAGAGGUGGGGUGAAACACACCUACCCAUUAUUAACAUUUUAUUGUGUUUUUUCUUCCUCUUUUCUUUCCUUUCCGGCUUUGGAUCAAGAGACUGGAAAUGAGCUUUGCUGGAUAGACGGAUACUGGCAAACCUGGGAGGCAACUCGUGCUUUUAAUAAUGUGUGUUUGGAUUUUUUUUUUUGUUUUUUUUUUUUUGUUUAACACGGCCUGCGACUGGUUUGCAAAAAGAAAACAAAUGUUUCUGGAAAUUGUUUUUUUCUUUACGGAGGAAGGGGGGGUUUGUGCAUCACAAGAAAAUGGAGCUGAUUGCCGUUUGAUCAGAUAUAAAGGAGGGGGGACAGCAUAUUUCAAUGGGCGUAUUAUGGAUGGAACGGCCUUACUGGUGGGAAAAAGAAACAAAGAAACAAAGUACUGUUCCGUCUACGUUGGCCUUUUGCAUAGCACGCCAAUGAACAACAACAAUGUUUAGUUUUAGAGAAAUUAGAAUCUGAUUUUGAAGAAAUCUGUGCGAAUAAAUGUUUCGCAUUGUAUCUUUGCAAUUCAAACUGCUCAAGAUCUUUUGCUCAAGCCGUGUCUAGCUAUCUACUCUAAGCUAUAGACUGUAUAAGGUAAUAGUUGUAAAAAAUGAGAGAACCAAAGACAACCCAGAGGGGGCAGCGUCCAUAUAAGGGAGCCCACCAUUCAUACUCCAACGCCAAAAAAAAAACUCCCAGCAUAUCUACAUCUAGAUGUUCAGCAAAGGUGGCCAAUAAGGGGCGCAACAAAGCAACAAGAUAAAAAACUUGACAAGACACGCUUAUAUAUUCGUAAAAGGGGGUCCAAGAAAAAGCAUGUGUCAGUCGUAAUCACAUGCCCAGCAUGCUCAUCUGUCUCCUGAUAGGGCUGGCGGCGGUACUACCCUCUUCGCUAGCAUAAUAAGCACUGUCGGUGUCAAUAUCCCAGCUGUCAUCCUCUUCCUCUUCGCCAGAGGGUGAAAUGCCAGACGCAUCGAAGGGCUUCUGAGCGGCGGCGCGGACGUUCCAUCGCAGGGUGCGGCUGACGCUGUCGAACCACUCAGUGUCGGUUCGAGUGACGGUAGGGAAGGGAUAUUGCGACGCAGUGAUGGUAACAUGGUCGCCUUGCUUGAGCUCGACUCGGCCCUUGCCGUCAAAAGCACAGUAGGCGGUGGCUCGAGAAUUGCGUGGCACGGCAAUACGGAGUGCCAUGGUGUCGGAGAGGACCAUGGGUCGGAACGAGAGAGUGUGCGGGCAGAUGGGAGUCAAGAGAAUGGCGGGAAUGUCAGGGUGGACAAGAGAGCCGCCCGCUGAAAGAGAGUAGGCUGUCGAACCGGUAGGCGUAG